CUCUGUGGCGGUAAGACCCAGCAUGUCUUAUCUAACCAUAAACGUUAACUAUAGACUCAUUUAGCUUAAUAAUAUGAGUAAUAACAAACUAUUUUUGCAGCGGGACCUAUCCUCAAGCCGUUAAUGUACUGUAACGUUUAUUAUUUUCGUUAGCAAACAACAAUACUAGUGUUAUAACGAGGUCGUUGAGUAACUUGGAGGCACGUCACUGCUCCUCAAAUGUCCCAGAAGGACGACUCUGAAAAUGACAUUUGGGAGUAUAAACCUCUUGAGAAGAAGAAGAAGAAACAAGAAUCACCGUCUGCAACUUCAACUGUGACUACAAGAAGAUGUACUCUCAGAAGAACCUCCAAGAGAGACACUUCUCUCUCAGUCAAGACAGUCAAGACAGCUGAAAGUGGAGGUUGUAGUACUGUUGUUGUUAAUAUGCAAACAGACGAUGCUGCUGCUGCAGCUGCUGCAGCUGCUGAUGCUGAUGCUGCUGAGGCUGGGGAGGGAUCAUCCUCUGGAGACUUCUGCCCCAUGUGUCAGAUGCCCUUUUCCAUCUUGGUGGUGCAGACUCAAAGAUGGCAUGUUGCUGAAUGUCUUGACACUCCCAGGGACAAAUGCACAGAAUGUCCAGAUGGCCUCCAGUGCUUCUCCGCCAUUCCAAACCAUUACAAGAAAUUCAACCACACCCUCAUGGCUCACAGUCGAGCAAACAGUGACACAGCCCUCCUCAGACUGUCCCAGCAGGCAGGGACCAGCGGGAAGACCGACCUCAGUCAUCUCCCAGAAGUGGAUGACUCUACUUUAGAGUCUUCACAGGAUAGUGCUCUCAGUCUUUCUGCCUUAUCAAAUCACAGUAAUCUCACUGGAACACCUCCAUCUAAACUUACAAAUGGACUUCUGUUGCUGCGCUCACCUGGCCCAGAGGAUUUUAAGAAAAAGAAAGGCUGGUCGUCUUCUACUAAAAGCCAAAAGUCUAUCAGUGCUUCCCAAGAAAGUAAAGCAGAGCUUUCAUCCACUCCUGUCAAGGCAGAGAAUGGAAGACAAGCUUGUGAAGCUUUUGCAUCCAAAAGUGAACCUUCCCCUGACAACAAUGAUGCAAUAUCUUAUUCUCCUCUUUCUGAGUUCCCUGCAGAGACUGAAGUCAAUGGUCGUGAAUGUAGUAAAGCCCUUUUUAAUAAUGAUGCUUUUGAAAAUGAGAAUGAAAACUCAAUGGUGCUGUUCAGUGACGGUUUCUCAAGUGAAGAUGAGCUCCUCACUGAAUUUAUAGAUAAUUUGGAAAGCAAUACUGACCUUGUGAAAGAGUCUGCUUCCUCAAGCACACAGCUGUAUUCAGUUGCCUCAUCGCCGCCCACUAAUCAGCUUGCUGAAAACAGAGCUCAUUCCACAGGUGAAAAAGAUGCACACAUUGCAUGUAAAAGCAGCAUUCAGUCUCCUCAAAGUAUUGUUUUAGAGCGCCUGAGAGUAACGCUUCUAAGCUCAGAUAGCCUGCCUUUGAAAAACUUGAACGACAGCAGUAUUCAAACACCUUCAUCACAAACCUCCAUUGUCCAAAGAUCUCCAUCCAUGCCACCACAGAAGGGCCAGAUCAAGGCAGGUCAGGCCUCCGGUCUGAAGCAGACGGACAUUGGGGUGUUUUUUGGCCUCAAACCCCUAAAAGAGAAGGAGAAAGAGGCUGAGAGUGGACCAAAUGAACUAAACACCACCUCUGUUCCAACACUUGGUGAAAACUCAGGACGGAGACGACAAAGGCAAAGAAAAAGUAAGGCUGACACAACCGCAGGUAUCUCACAGGGCCCAGUGGAUAAUAGUAACGUGGUGGAUACUCAGGGAGAAGCAGGGAGAGGUAGGAGAGGAGGAUGGAGAGGAAGAAGUUGGAACAGAGGGAACGCCAACGGAGAAGGAGAGCCACGACGUUGUCCCUUCUACAAGAAGAUUCCAGGCACAAAGUUUACCGUAGAUGCCUUUAGUUAUGGAGAGAUCCCGGGCAUCACUGCCUACUUCCUAACACAUUUCCACUCCGACCACUACGGAGGGUUGACCAAGAAGUCCACACUUCCAAUCUACUGUAACAAAAUUACAGGGAACCUGGUGAAGAGCAAACUGAAGGUGGCAGAGCAGUACGUCCACAUCCUCCCCAUGAACACCCAGGUCACAGUGGAGGGAGUCAAGGUCAUUCUGCUGGAUGCCAACCAUUGUCCAGGAUCUGCCAUGCUGCUGUUCUUCCUGCCCGAUGGACAGACAGUCCUCCACACUGGAGACUUCAGAGCUGAUCCCUCGAUGGAGACGUACCCUGAGUUACUCAGCUGCAGGGUGCAGACGCUCUACUUGGACACCACCUACUGCAGCCCUGAGUACACUUUCCCAAGACAGCAAGAGGUUAUCAACUUUGCAGCCAACACAGCCUUUGAACUAGUGACACUCAACCCACGUACACUGGUGGUGUGUGGAUCCUACUCCGUGGGAAAAGAAAAGGUCUUUCUGGCGUUGGCGGAGGUCCUGGGGACGAAAGUGUGCCUCUCUAGAGACAAAUACAACACCAUGUGCUGUCUGGAGUCGGAGCAAAUCAAACAACGUAUAACCACUGACUGGAAGGCGGCCCAGGUCCAUGUGCUGCCUAUGAUGCAGAUCUCCUUCAAUAAACUGCAGGAUUACCUGGCACGCUUCUCUGAACGGUAUGAUCAGCUGGUGGCCUUCAAGCCUACAGGCUGGACCUUCAGCCAGCAGGUGGACUCAGUGGAAGAUAUUCAGCCUCAGAUCAGUGGCAACAUCUCCAUAUAUGGAAUCCCGUACAGCGAACACAGCAGCUUUCUGGAGAUGAAGCGUUUCGUCCAGUGGCUUCAGCCCCUCAAGAUCAUUCCUACAGUGAACAACGGUAGCUGGGCUAGCAGGAAGGCCAUGGAGAAGUGCUUCAGUGACUGGCUCAUGGAAACUAAAACUAAACGGUAGCUUAUGUAUAGGUAAACUUUGCUCACAGCUAUACUCUGGCCUCUGCUGUUCGUUGGUUAUGAGAGCAAAACCAAUUAAUUCUCAAUAGUGUAUGACCAUGGGGAACAAAUCUAUUUUAACAAUACUCAUUGUAUUACUUUUAUUGCCGUUGCUCGCCUCAGCUUUCCUCAACACUAAGCAUUUCAGUGCAGAGCGAGGGGUUGCGAACAUGAACUGCAAUCACAUCCCAAGGUCAAGUAUGUGCUCUUGAACCAAUUUAUUAUAACGGUUCUGCUUUUAUCCACAAUGGGCUGAAUUGAAAUAGCUGAACUCUGAAAGCUGUUUUGUGUAAACAUGAUCUGAGGUCGUACACGUAUUAUGUCUGCAAUUACACCAGGUUUUCACUAAAAAGUAUUAUGUAACCGAAAAUUGGAUGUGUUCACUGCCUGCUGUGGCCACUUGCACCGUUAAUAUACUGAAAGUGCUGCUUUCAAAUUGUGCAAUUUCAUAAUUAAAUCUGUAUUUUUUUUCUAUUUAAUAAAAAAUGUUAUGCUGCAAAAAAUAAAUGUUUUAACACCGUUACCUCAUUUUUAAUUUUUUGCACUAUUAACCUGUUCAUAUAACUUAAUAAUAAAGAAAAUUAUUGUA